CCGCCCAACUGUGGCUGGUCACACUGCCGCAGCCAGCUGUUUCCCGCGUUUUUGAUUCGCAAAUUGCAAUUGGCGAAAGUGCAACACGGGAAAAACGCAAAAAACCACACAAUGCAACGCCGCCCGAUCAGCUAGAAUCCUUUGAUCUUUGAUUGGCUUCCAAGGAAACCACACUUUUAACCAGAAUCCCCAAAAACCCCGAGAGAGAGAGGAAGAGAUUUCCUAUUGUUUUCACCUUCUAAGAGCAGCUGCAUCAUGUUUGUCCAGGACCUGCGCAACGAUUUCUACCGCCAGCUGGUGGGCAAGCGCAUCCUCAUCGUGGUCAACUACGACAUUGAUGCCAUCUGCGCCAGCCGCAUCCUGCAGGCGCUGUUCAAGUACGACCACAUGCUCUACACGGUGGUGCCCAUCAUGGGCGUCACUGGCCUGAAACGGGCCUAUGGAGAGCAUCAGGGUGAUGUCAAGUACGUGGUGCUGGUCAACUGCGGCGGCUGCGUGGAUAUUGUGGAGCUACUGCAGCCGGCCGAGGAUGUUACCUUCUUCAUUUGCGACUCGCAUCGUCCGCUGGACGUUUGCAAUAUCUACAGCGACCGGCAGGUGUGCAUCCUGGGCGAUCCAGCGCUCGAGGAGAAUAUACCCGGCUUUGAGACCAUAUUCUAUGACUCGGAUGAGGAGGAAGACGAGGACGAAAAUGAGGAUGAGGAUGAAGGUGGCGGCUCCGAUCGAGAGGAACGAAACAAUGACAGUGGCGCCGGGGAAUCAGAUGCAGAGGAUCAUCCGCAAAAGCCGCGUCAUAAGCUCACCCGCCUGGAGCGGCAUGAGCAACGCAUCUUGAAGCAGCGUGCCCGCCGUCAGUGGGAAUCGGAGCGGGACAGAAUCAUGUUCGAGUACACACAGUUUAGCUACUAUGGCCGCUCCACCGCCCUGCUAAUCUUCGAGCUGGCCUGGAAGCUGUCCAAGGAUAACAUGGACCUGCUCUGGUGGGCCAUUGUGGGCAUCACCGAGCAGCUGCUCCUGGGCAAGAUUGAGAGCAGCGCCUAUACCCUGGAGCUGGAGCAGAUCCAGUCGCAUGUCUCGCGCCUGACCAACAAGACCAACGAUCAGAAUACGAUGAGUGCCUCCAAGAUAAGCUUUGAGAAUGAUUUGCAUUUGGUUUUGUACCGCCACUGGCCCGUCACGGAGUCCAUGAGGUACUCACGGUAUGCCAGCUGUCAGUUGAAACUGUGGACCCUGCGCGGCGAGAAGAGGCUGCACGAGCUGCUUUUGGAGAUGGGCCUGCCCUUGGUCCAUGCCCGCCAGACAUACGGAGCCAUGGAUUUGGUGCUGCGCAAGGAAUUCUACUCGAUGGUGGAACGUCUGGCCGAGAAAUAUGAUAUUCCGGACAUUGUUUAUGGCACUUUUACGCUGAGCUAUGGCUAUCGAAGCCGGUUUGCGGCUGCGGACUAUGUCUACGCUUUGCUGGCCAUCAUGGAGUCGGUGAAGAAGCACAAGACCCCGGAGGAUUGCUUCCUGGAGGCCUCGGAUGCCUUGAGUCGACAGCACAAGCAGCUUUUGGCCGCUGGCAUUGAGCAGGCCAAGCUGCUGCAUGCCGCCGUUUUUAGGCAGGUGCAGAGCAGCCUGGAGGCACGUUUGGUUCACUCUGCCGGAUCCUUCUUUUACUAUGUCCUGCAGGAGGAGCAUACCUUCUUCUCAUAUCCCUAUGCCUUGGCUUUGUUGGCGCGCUUUCUGUUGCGCGGUCACGUGGCCACAAGCAGGGCCAGGCAGGCGCCGGAUCUGCCACUGAUAGCCACAUGUCCGCUGGACGCCGCCCAGGGCAUGUGCCUGCUGGUGGGUAUUGCACCGGUUAGGGAGGAUUCGCCGCGUAACUUCUUUGGCAAGGCCUUUGAGCAGGCGGCCCAGAAGAGUGGGGUCCUGCUGCUGCAGGACUUCUUUGAGCCAGCGGUGGUGCAGCUGCGUCAGAGUGAUCUAACCCGUUUCCUGGACGCCCUCACAGUGCUGCUGACCUAGCCGGAGGUCCACCACCUGCUCCACCUUCCCCCCACCCCGCUCAACCAUGAUUAGUGCUUAAGACUAGCCAAUAAGGACGAGAGAGAGACCCAAUCUGUAUGUUUAACCAUAAGUUUUAAGCCAAUUGUAUUUAUCUAUAGUGAGAUUUCCCUCGAAGCUGCGACCAGGACCACGAGAAUAGCCUAAGGAGUACUCCUACAUCUUUUUUUUCCCCCCAACCUGAAAUUAUGUGUCUAUCUGACCUAGGAAUAAAAUGCGUAGAUCUUUUAAGUGUUCAACAGGCAA